UCCAGGCAGGGCUCUGAGAGGAAUUGGCCCCGGGUGCCUCUCUGGACCACAUUUCCCAGAGGGCUCGGUGGCCCGUCGCUCUUCUCGCAGGAACGCGAAUGUUUCGUCACGCCUGGCGGGACCGUUAGAUCCGUGAGGUGCAGAAGAGAAGGAAAGAAUGCACAAUGAACUUCUACAAGCAAUGUCCAAGGGGUCAAUGAUGUUCAGGGAUGUAUCUAUAAACUUCUCUCAGGAGGAAUGGGAAUGCCUGGACUCGGGUCAGAUGAAUUUAUACAAAGAAGUGAUGUUGGAGAAUUUCAGCAACCUGGUUUCAGUGGGGCUUUCCGUUUCUAAGCCAGCUGUGAUUUCCUUAUUGGAACAAGGAAAAGAACCAUGGAUGGUUGAAAGAGCACUGACAAGAGGCCUUUGUUCAGAUCUGGAGUCUAUGUGUGAGACCAAGAUAUUAUCCCUAAAGAAGAGACAUUUUAGUCAAGUAAUAUUUACCCAUGAAGACAUGCCCACUUUUAUUCAGCCCACAUUUCUUACUCCACAUCAAAAAACUGUUAAUGAAGAGAAACCCUGUGAAUGUAAGAUAUGUGGAAAGGCCUUUAAUCAGAACUCACAAUUUAUUCAACAUCAGAGAACUCAUUCUGCUGAAAAAAGCUAUGAAUGUAAGGAGUGUGGGAAGUCCUUUAGCCGUGGCUCACUUGUUACUCGACAUCAGAGGAUUCACACUGGUGAAAAACCCUAUGAAUGUAAGGAAUGUGGCAAGGCUUUUAGUUGUAGUUCAUAUUUUUCUCAACAUCAGAGGAUUCACACUGGUGAGAAACCCUAUGAAUGUAAGGAAUGUGGAAAAGCCUUUAAUUAUUGCUCAAACCUCAAUGAUCAUCAGAGAAUUCACACUGGUGAGAAACCCUAUGAAUGUAAAGUAUGUGGAAAAGCCUUUACUAAGAGUUCUCAACUUUUUCCACAUCUGAGAAUUCAUACUGGUGAGAAACCUUAUGAAUGUAAGGAAUGUGGGAAAGCCUUUACUCAACACUCAAGGCUUAUUCAACAUCAAAGAAUGCAUACUGGUGAGAAACCUUAUGAAUGUAAGGAAUGUGGGAAGGCCUUUAGUAGUGCCUCAACACUUACUAACCAUCACAGAAUUCAUGCAGGCAAGAAACUCUAUGAAUGUAAGGAAUGUGGAAAGUCCUUUAUUCAGAGCUCAGAACUUAUUCAGCAUCAGAGAAUCCAUACAGAUGAAAAACCUUAUGAAUGUAAUGAAUGUGGGAGGGCUUUUAAUAAAGGCUCAAACCUUACUAGACAUCAAAGAAUUCACACUGGUGAGAAACCCUAUGACUGUAAGGAAUGUGGAAAGGCCUUUGGUAGUCGCUCUGACCUUAUUCGUCAUGAAGGAAUUCAUACUGGGUGAAAGAUAAGCCCUGUUGAUAAUCUUUAUAAUAAUAUCUUAAAAACAGGUAAUGGGGAAAAAAAUAAAGGAGUGUAGUAGUUUUUUAGGCUACUGUAACAAAGUAACAAAGUACCAAAAUUGGGUGACUUAAAACAACAGAAAUGUGUUCUCUCACAGUUUUGGAGCUUUGAAAUCCAAAAUUAAAGUUGUUGGUAAUGUUGAUUCCUUCUGAGGACUCUGAGGAAGAAUCUGUUCCAUGUCUUUCUUCUGGUUUCUGGUAACAGCAAUCUUUGACAUUCCUUGUCUUAUAAAUGCAUCACUCAAUCUCUGCCUCCAUCUUUACAUUGCAUUCUCCCUGUGUAUAUCUGUCUCUGUCUUGUAUAAGAGGAGACUCUUAUACAGGACAUCAGUUAUACUGGAUUAGGGCUCACCCUGAUGACCUUAUCUUGAUUACAUCUGCAAAGACCUUAUUUCCAUGUAGGAUCACAUUCACAGGUGCCAGAGGUUAGGGCUUCAACAUAAUUUAACCCAUAACACUGUUAACAUUGUUUUUCUAACAUAUUUGUAAUUUUCUUUUAUACAUAAUUUGUUGAUUAUUUCAAAAUGUAAAUUCAAGGUUUAAGUUAAACCUCCCUUCCCUCCAAAAAAGAUUCUGUCCCAAACUACUUCUUAAAUAAUUCUUUCCUCCCCAUUGUUUUAUGCUACUUCUUGGUUAUAUAUUUGAGUUUGAGUUUGUUAGCUUAGUUUAGAGCCAUCUUUUCUAUUUAUCUAACCCAUAGAUCUGUUUGUACCAAUACUAUACUGUAAGUUACAUUACAUAGGCUAUCUUCUAAUUCCUGGCAGAAUUAUAACUUUGUUUUUGAAGGCAGCUCUAUUCCUUUUCCUUUUGUAACACUAAAGUUUUCAUGUUAUAAAAAAAACAAACAAACCCCCCCACACACACAGUGAAAAAAAUAGGUUAUUUGUAAGCCUACCAAAAAGAAAUUACUAUUUUCAAAUUAUACAACAUAUCCUUCCAAACUUUAGUGUAAUCAUGAUGUGCAUGUUGUGCCAUAACUUGCUUCUAUCAUGCUACUAUUUCAGUAACUAUAGAUGUUUAUCAUUCUUUUUAAUGGUAUAAUUUUUCUGUGGUAGAUUAUCAUUUUGCUAAAUAUUACUGACAUACUUUAUGGUGCUCACUGAAAUUUUAGUUAUUAAGAAAGUUGCCUUCUAAAUACAAAGUUAGUGCUUUUGUUUGUUUUUCUUUAAAAACAUUACAUUUCAGUGUCAAAAUACUGAUCAGUAUUUUCUCUGUGAAAAAUAUUGCCAAUAGUUUGUCCCAUUAUUGUAAUCACUGUUACCAAUUUGCUCUUUAUCCUUCCAGACCUUUUUUUUAAAAACUAUUUUUGCUCACAAAUGUGUUCACACAAACCAAAUACAUAAAUACUUGUAAUACUUAUAGAAAAGUUAGUGCUGCUUUAUACUUUUGUGUAUGAAUGUACAUAACACAUACACACUAAUGUGUUGGAUUGCUGUGAGGAUUAUAUGAGUUAAGAAGUGUAAAAUGAGAGUCACCUGGGUGGCUCAAUCGGUUGGGUCUCUGCCUUUGGCUCAUGUCAUGAUCCCAGAGUCCUGGGAUCAAGCCCUGCAUCGGGCUCUCUGCUCAGUGGGGAGCCUGCUUU